AUUUCAUGAUACUUUUGGGCCGAAGGUGCCUUCUCAAAAGGCAUGGAUGUGUCCAUUUUAGUUUGGGCCUUGGGAUCGGGUCCAAUCUCCUGUAAUCCUAUAUUGGUGAUUGGUGAUUGGUGGAUCCCAAAGAAAACUUGAAUGUGAGCUUCUAGAACAUAUGGGGUUGGUGCCCAUUAUUGGAAGGGGAAGCUUGGGAGAUAAGCCAAAACAGUGGACCAUUCAUGUAUUGACCAGGCAGCUGGGUCAACGCAUGCAAUUGCAUGCGUCACUGUUGACGUUUGUUCGUUACACAUUAUUUGUUGAUUAGUUGGAGUAAGAUUAUGCUUUUUAAUCAUGAUUAUUGAUUAGAGAGGAGUUAGUGUGGACUAGUUUAAUUAGUCUAAAAUAUUCUACUUACUCAAUCCUUGGCUCAAAUGACAAAUGACAAAUGACGAAAGUGGUCUGAAAUCGCACAAUUCCACGUUGGUAUUGUAUUUUUGUUGGUACAAUGGGUAUGAUUAUUAAGGUAUUGUUAAUGUUUGUAAAAAAUGGACGGCAAAUGGGCACAUGAUCUCAAUUACUAAGGAAUCUUAUGCGACUACUAUGUUAAGAUUUGUUUCCGACAUUAAUCCUACACAUUUCCCCGUUUCACGUGGAUUUACUUUCAACUCACUGUAAAUCCCACUAAAUUACCCGUUAACUAUGCUCAAUCACGAUUCAAAACUAAUAGCAAUAACAUUCAUGCAAGACUAACACACUCCAACAAAAAUAAUGCAACAAAAUGUAUGUUAUUCUUUUUAUGUAAGCAUGUUCUACCAAGUUUCUUGGUUAAUAUUUAAGAAUUCCAUAUCCAUACUACUCCAAGAAAUACUCGUAUAUAUUUUGGCGUCAUUUCUGAUUAGAUACCUGAAUCUAUGUUUAAAAAGUCAACACUUCCUCAAAAGUCCUGCCUUUGACAUUUCUUCAAUUUCCUCUUCAGAUUUCUACCUUUUGUUUUCGUUGUUGUCUUCCUCAAUUUCCCCCACUACGUUGAUCUGAACAUAAGUACGUUUUAUUUUAAUUCUUGAUCUUUUUGUAACCCAGAUUUUGGGAUUACUGUUUCGUUGCCCACCAACUGUUUGAUGUUUUAUCUGUAAGAAACUCGUUGAUUUUUCUCAACUUUUCUUUGAUUUUUGGUUGGGAAACCAAAUGAAUUUCGAUCCUGCGGAAGGGUAUCCGAGCUUUCAAAGCACUGUAGAUUGUGUUAAUGGAAAUGGGUCUUUUAAAGAGUGUGGUUUAUAUGAAGAACCCAUCUCCUUAAAUGACCGACAAUAUGAUUUAUACUAUCAAACCCAUGAAGAUAAUUCAGAAAUACCUGAUUUUCCUGAUGCUUGUCUUAAGUAUAUGAAUGAUAUUCUCAUGGAAGAGGAUUUAGAUGAUAGGCCUGCUACUUUGCAGGAUUAUCAUGCCCUCCAAGCCACUGAGAAGUCAUUUUAUGAUGUUCUUUGCGCCGAUCAAAGACCGUUAUCAGAUGAUCUCAACAUUAGUUGCAGCAGUGAGAGGGGCACUGGUAGAUAUGGUACCAGUGUCAAGUCCAAUUGGAUGAUCCAUCAAAGUCAAUCAGUGGGAUUUCAACAAUUUGAUGAUACUCAUCAUGUGUUGGAGUCAACUUCAGAGGGUUCUGGGUCAAGCAGUAGCUUCAAUUAUUGGAGGGAUGGGAUUGCAGACUCUCCUGUCAGCACAUUAUUUGACAAUGAGCUGAGCAAUGUAGUCAAUUCCGGUAUGAGUCGGGUUUACAGGGAGAUGAAUUAUAAUAAGGGUGUUGAAGGCGGAGAAACAAGGGAAGAGCUUGGUAAUGGAUCUAAGGGAAGGAAGAAUCACCAUCAAAGAGAAAAUGCUGGUGACCUGGAAGAGAGGAGUGCAAAGCAACUAGCUGCUAAUAAUGAGGAAUAUUCAGAAAUGGAAAAGUUUGAUGAUGUAUUGAUUAGCAAGGAAGAAAACAAUGAUAUUUCACCUUGUACUAGCAAAAGUUCUGUUAAGGAAGGCAGUCAAAACUCAGAGCAGGAUGAAAAUCCAAAAGGGUCUAAGAGCAAGCGUAAAACAAAGCGUGGUAAGAAAAAGAUUAAUACAGAAGUGGUGGAUCUUAGGACUCUCCUGAUUCAGUGUGCAGAAGCUGUAGCGUGCGCUGAGAUUAGAAAUGCAAAUGAGCUACUGAAGCAAAUUAGGCAACAUGCUACACCAUUUGGGGAUAGUGUACAGAGAGUAGCACAUUAUUUUGCAGAUGGCCUUGAAGCACGCAUGACAGGCACAGGAUCAGAGUUAUACAAAGCUUCUGAUUGGAAGAGAUUUUCUUCCUAUGAUAUCUUGAAAGGUUACAAAUUAUAUGUUUCAGCUCUUCCUUUCCAGAGAACGUCCUAUUUCUUAGCAAAUCAAACAAUAGCAAAGUUGGCUGAAAAAGCAUCAAAAUUACACAUUAUUGAUUUUGGCAUCUUUAUGGGUUUCCAAUGGCCAUGUCUUAUUCAAACUCUCUCAAGAAGACCUCUUGGACCUCCUAGGCUUAAAAUUACAGGAGUAGAAAAUCCAAAGAGUGGUUUCAAACCUGCACAAACAGUUGAAGAGACCGGUAGAAGAUUAGCAGGUUACUGUGAGAGAUUUGGGGUGCCUUUCGAGUUUCAGGCCAUUGCACAGCAAUGGCAUACCACAAAGCCAGAAGAUUUCAAUAUAGAAAGUGAUGAGCUUGUUGUAGUCUCUUGUCUUUACAAGUCAAGAAGGCUUCCUGAUGAGACUGUUGAUGGUAGCAGCCCGCGUGAUUCUUUCUUGAGAUUGGUCAGAAGCUUAAAUCCUGAGCUUUUCAUCCACGGUGUUAUCAAUGGUACAUUCAAUGCUCCCUUCUUUAUCACUCGAUUCAGGGAAGCACUCUAUCACUACUCUUGUUUGUUCGAUGUGUUUGAAGUUACCAUGCUUCGUGAGGAUCAGGAUAGGCAACUGAUAGAGAAUUACUUAUACGGUAAAGAUGCCAUGAAUAUAGUAGCUUGUGAGGGGACUGAAAGAAUUGAGAGGCCCGAGACUUACAAGCAGUGGCAAAUGCGCCAUCAGAGGGCUAGAUUCAUGCAGGUGCCGCUUAAUCAGGAAAUUGUAAAUAAAGCAAGGGCAAUGGUAAGAGCAAAUUACCACAAGGAUUUUAUGGUGGAACAAGACAAGCAUUGGUUGGUUCACGGUUGGAAAGGAAGGAUUUUGAGUGCAAUGUCCUGUUGGAAACCUGCUUAAACAGAUCAAAAUGAACAUUAACAUUUUCAAUUAUAAUGAAGCCAAAAAAUAAAAAAUCUUUCUGCUCCAUCAGAAUCAAAUAUAGCAGCUGCAAUCGAAUCAAAACUACUCAUAACAUGUUUUGUAAUAUUGUAGUUUAAAAGGCUUGUACUUAGGACUGAUUGUAGCUGGUAACUCUGAAAUUAAAUUAUAUCAAUAAAUUAACUUCUUCCCUGUAACAUUUUUUCAAAGUCAUCGUCUGUUCUAUGUUUAUACAAUUAUCAGUUUUUUUUUA